CUUCUCCCUCUCCUGUCUCCUGGCAGCAGCCGACACAGCCGCAGAGCCAACUGACUCAGGACAUGGGCAACAAAGCAAGCGGUUCUCCUGCCAGGCGGUGCGGCCGGGGCUCGGGCUGAGGCUCUGGGCUGCAGGGGGCCCAGCCGGACCGGAUCCACCGUUAAUCCUCUGACCGGCCUGCCGGAGGGCUCCGGCCUCCUGGAGGAUGUGAGGUGCUCUCUCUGGGGAAAAAGCUGCCGGUGCUGGAAGUUCAUGGCCAAAUGUAGAGCUUCGGUGGUUGACGACAAAUACUUGAGAGGGACGAUGUCGGCCACGCAGGGGAUGAGCCGCACCAGCGUCUACAGCUACUUCCUCAACAUGGUGGCCUAUCAGAUUUGUUGCUGCUGUGGACCGGCUCCCUGCUCGCUCUGCUGUGCCUUCUGCCCUCCUGUCAAAUCGUCCACCAGCACACGGGUCAUGUACACCUUCUUCCACAUCAUGAGCUGCGCCGUUUCCUGCCUCAUGUUGUCCCGAACCGUCUCUGAGCUAGUCAGGGAAAAUGUGCCUUUCUUCAACGUGGUGUGCGACCAGGCGCACGGCGGAGGCCACUGUGAGAUGCUGGUGGGAUACUCAGCGGUCUACAGAGUCUGCUUUGGCACUUCCUGUUUCUACCUGAUGAUGGCGAUCUUCCUCAUCGACGUCAAGUCCAGUCAGGACUUCAGGGCGCUCAUACACAACGGGUUUUGGUUUUUGAAGUUCAUCACCUUGCUUGGGAUGUGCACUGCUGCCUUCUUCAUCCCGACAGAGUCCUUCCUGCACGCUUGGCAUUAUGUCGGUGUGGUGGGAGGGUUUGCCUUCAUCCUCAUCCAGCUCAUCCUCAUCACGGCGUUUGCUCACACCUGGAACAAAAACUGGUUGACCGGAGCGGCAGAAAACAAGCGCUGGUACCUGGCGGUGAUGUGUGCCACGCUUUUCUUCUACACCAUCGCCACCAUGGCCUUCACCUUCAUGUACAAGUACUACACACACCCCAUCGCCUGCCACUUCAACAAGGUCCUGCUGUGGGUCAACCUGGGGCUCUGCGGCCUCAUGUCCUUCAUCGCCGUCACGCCGUGCGUCAAGCAGAAACAGCCUCGCUCUGGGCUGCUUCAGGCCUCCAUCAUCAGCUGCUACGUCAUGUAUCUCACGUUCUCCGCUCUGUCCAGCCGUCCACCAGAGAAAGUGGUGUACCAGGGCAUGAACAUGACCGUCUGUUACCCCAGUGUGGGGCAAGAUGGAGUGAAGAACGAGGGCAACGCUGUGGCCAUCAUCGGCGCCGCCAUCAUGUACUGCUGCGUUCUGUUUGCCUGUAAUGAAGCUUCGUAUCUGGCCGAGGUGUUUGGUCCGUUCUGGAUGAUCAAAGUUUAUCGUUAUGAGUUCCAGAAAGCGACGUGUUGCUUCUGCUGCCCAGAGGAAGAAGCAGUUGAAGAUGAGUUUGUGGUUGAUGAUGACAACAAAGGCUGUCAGAAGGUUAUUCAUAAUGAGACGCAGCGGGUGGCGUACAGCUACUUCUUCUUCCAUUUCGUCUUCUUCUUGGCAUCGCUGUAUGUCAUGAUGACCCUCACUAACUGGUUCAGCUACGAGUCGGCGGUGUUGGAGACCACCUUCACCCACGGCUGCUGGUCCACCUUCUGGGUGAAGAUGUCGUCCUGUUGGGCGUGCGUCAUCCUCUACCUGUGGCUGCUGCUGGGCCCGCUGUGCAGCUGCCAGAACGAGUCCAGGCCGCGCCGCUCCCGCAUCAAACGCCGCUCCGCGUCCUGCCGCCACGUCAGCGUCAGCGUGUGACACCGUCAGCGACGCCCCAACGUGGCCGUACAAGGGCGGAGCGAGGCGGGUCGGCCGCGGCGCUCUGGGGGCUGCUGGGGUCAAAGACUCACAGAGUGAGAGUGAGAGCCGAGCGCCGGGCCAGAGGGACCGGAGCUACACUCAACCACAAUCAGGGACGUGAUUGUGACUUUCAAACUCGCAGAAUGAAUUGCCAAAGGGAGCCGGAGGAAAGGACCGUACACUGAAAAAACACAAAAUCUUACCAAGUAUUUUUGUUUACUUUCUAGUGAAAAUAUCUUAGAACUCUUGAAAUAAGACAAAAAUAGGAGCUUGUUUAAAGUUAAUAACUAAAUGUAAUAUUGAUGAAAGACUGCUAGUUCACUAAGAACAGGGAAAAAUAGCUUCUGAGAAUACAACUAGUUUUUUUUCAUCAAUAAUAUGAAAUUAUUAACUUAUAGCAAAGUCCUAUAUCUUGCUGAAAAGUUACUUGUAAGUUAGUGUAAGUGUACUGAGAUAUUUGCAGUAGAAAGUAGACAAAAAUGCUUAGUAAGAUUUAGUUGUUUUUUUUGCAGUGUAUUUCUCGGGAAUGACAUUAAGGAUCUGAAAAAAUGUGCACGUUUUAUAUCUUUACUGUUGAAAUGUGAUAGUACUUUUUUAUGAUCAUGUUUUCCAAUAUUUAGACAGGCAGUGUCUGUUUGCUGUAACAUGACAGCCGAGGAAGAAACUCUGACACUGAGCCGAUUUUAUUCAGCCUUUUUGUCCUCUGAUCAUCUGAUAAUGUAGAAAUCUUGUGAAAACUCAUUCCACCUCAUGCCACACACUUCACAGUCAUCAGAAAUGUAUUUUUAGUCCCUUACAUUAAGACAUCUGUUAAGACAUCAUCAGUAAAUACAACAACGUGUUUCUGUUUGUAUCCACUUUGCAUUCCAGCAAACCGUUUCUGGACAAUUUUGGGACGUGUGCGCUUCUUUUUACUGUGGUAUGACUGUUGCAAUCCCAGUUUUUGUCACUAGAUGUCACUGCAUCAAACGUAAUGAGCUUUUAAACGAGAAAGACAGCAGAGAAAGAGUUUUUAAAAAUGUGAGAACUGGAACCUGUGCAGGAUAUUGUGAGGAUAAGCUGCUUCAUUUGGAAAUCCCGUCACUCUGGUGGAAGACUGCGCUUCAAUCGAAAAUGAUCGAUGAUGUCAACACUAACAUCAGGCUGAGCGACUCGGCUUAAAAUUAAAAUCUCAAUUUUUUUUAUACCAGAUCCACUUUUCAAUUUAAAUUUUUUUUUAUCACAUUA